AUGUUUGAGAAGGGGAACAGUGUGGUUGGCGGCGGUGAAGAUCCAGUGCCGCCAGUGGAGCUGCGAGACGGGCCUGUCAGAAAGUACCUCGUGACUGACCCGCCUGCAGAUUUGCACAAAUUGAGGGCACACCGGUCGCUGUUUGAGAAGGCGACUGAUUCUCGUACUUGCGAUGGUUACAUGUGCGGUGCGUCUGUUCAAUCUUGGUUGUCCCGACAGCGUCGUGUUCGACGAGGUGCAUUUUGGUGGGUUUGCGGCGGAGUACCUAAGGGGUACCUUUUUUAUGGACGUACACCCUCCAUUGGCCAAGAUGCUGUACGCUGCCGUGGGCGGUCUUGGUGGGUUCGAAUGGUGAAUUACCUUCGAAACAUCGGGACUAAAUUCCCAUCGGAUGUGCCCUACGCGUUUAUGAGGACUUUCUCAGCUGUCUGUGGGUCAAUGACCGUGCUUCUCAUGUACUUCACGCUCAGGUUUUCAGGGGUAUCCAUCGCAGUCGCGUUUCUAGCAGCUGUAUGUUUCAUCGUGGAAAACUCGUACGUUACUAUCUCGCGGUACAUCUUGCUCGAUGCACCAAUGAUGUUUUUCAUCGCGUUUGCAGUUUACUCGUUUAAGAGAUUCGAAUUGUACCCACAGGAUUCCUGGGCGGCACUUAGGUCACUAGCGUUGACAGGUGUCGGUUUAGGGUUCGCUGCGUCUUCCAAAUGGGUCGGACUGUUCACUGUUGCCUGGAUCGGUCUACUUUGUAUCUGGAGGCUCUGGUUCAUGGUGGGGGACUUGUCCAAAUCACCACGCAGUAUCCUGAAAUCAGCAGUGUGGAAGCUGGUGUGUCUCCUCGGUAUCCCAGUGGUCAUAUACAUCGCUAGUUUCUACGUUCACUUCCAAAUCCUGACAAAGGAGGGUGACGGCGCAAGUUUCUUCUCCUCAGGGUUCAGGUCCACUUUGGAGGGGAACGCAAUCCCACAGGGGAUGCUCGCAGAUGUCGGUAUCACCUCGACGGUAACGUUCAAACACCCAGGGACUAUGGGCGGGUACUUGCACUCGCACAGUCACAUGUACGAGACCGGUUCCGAACAACAACAGAUCACUUUGUACCCACAUUUGGACGACAACAACAAGUGGAUCAUCGAACUCAGUAACUUCCCAGGUGCCACCCUGCCGAGCUUCCAGAACCUCACUGACGGUACAUCCAUCAGACUGCUCCACUCGUUGACUCACUGCAGAUUGCACUCGCAUGACCACAAGGCACCAGUGUCCCAGUUUGCGGACUGGCAGAAGGAGGUCAGUUGCUACGGUUACACUGGGUUUGAAGGUGACGGCAACGACGACUGGAUAUUGGAGAUCGAUAAGGACGCCUCGACCCCGGGCCCCGCACAGGAACGUGUCGUCGCACUAGACACAAAGUUUCGCCUGAGACACGCGCUGACAGGGUGUUUCUUGUUUUCCCACGAAGUGCAACUCCCUGAAUGGGGGUUUGAACAGCAGGAGGUCACCUGCGCGACCCAGGGUAAACCGCAUCUCACUCUGUGGUACAUUGAGGAUAACGUGAACCCAUUGCUCCCCAAGGAUGCACCAAGGACUUCGUACCGUCUACCUGGGUUUUGGGAAAAACUUGUCGAGUCCCACAGUAAGAUGUGGCACAUCAACAAGAACUUAGUCGAGUCGCACGUUUACGCAUCCAUGCCAUACACCUGGCCGCUGAUGACCCGUGGGAUCAGCUACGUGGGGGAGGAAAACAGAGCCGUAUACCUCUUGGGUAACGCCAUCAUGUGGUGGUCCGUAUCACUGUUUGUCGUCCUCUUCACAGGCCUUGUUGCCGCAGAACUGCUCGCAUGGCAAGUCGGAAAACCGAUCUUGCAGGACACACACGUCGUCAACUUCCACGUACAGGUGAUCCACUACCUGUUAGGGUUUGCCGUGCACUUCGCACCAUCCUUCCUGAUGCAGAGGCAGAUGUUCCUACACCAUUACUUGCCAGCGUACUACUUUGGUAUCUUGGCGUUAGCACAAGCGCUAGACCUCGUCGCCAACUACGUCUUCAAGAGAAACAGGACUUUCGGUGUCGCCUUUGUCGUCGCCUUCACAUUGUCGUGCAUCUACUUCUUCAACACGUUUAAACCUCUCACCUACGGUACCCCAUGGACGAAGGAGGAGUGUCUGAAGACGCAGUGGUUGUCGAACUGGGACUACAAUUGCCAUUCGUUCCUGGACACAUACGAGGAAUACAAUCAAGUAUCCGCUGUUUCACCAGAGUAA